GGUCGGGCGGCGGUGAUGAACAACAGCCAACAGCAGUGCGAGAUGGUUGGCAAGGUGGUGGGCAGGAACGUGGGCCGGCACACACAGCCGCUCAAGGUACACGUCAUGCACCACAGCAUCGUCGCGCACCAGAACUUCGCCCUGCGGGUGCUCGGCUGGAUCACACAGCUCAUCGCAAACUCAGAUGGCUUCAAGCAGCUGCUGAACCGCGUGCUGACAGAGUCGGGCAUCUUCGCACUGAGCGAUCGCACGAUGUUUGGAUCACCCGAGCUGUCACAGCUCACUGCCGUGCUAGCAAUGGUCAUGAAGGAGCCCAGCAACGACGCCAACUCGCUCUCCUUCCUUGACUUGUUCUUCCUCGCUGACACGCACCUCUGGAAGGCGGCGCGCGUGCAGUGUCACCAGCUGUUCAUGGGCAGUCUGCUGAUGGAGCAGAACAGCAAGAGACGCUUCGCCAUAAUCUUUGCCAAGAACUACCCGAAGCUGAUCGGAGCAUUCAUCAAAGACGACCACGACCACACGAUGUCCAUCACAUCGCUCUCCGUGCAGAUAUUCACCGUGCCCACGCUG